AUGGCGGACACUGCCUCGAAGCAUCGAGCUGAGUUUGCCUUUGCUCAGCUUGAGAACGAGAGAUCUCUGACAUCUCUUCGUGACGAACUAAGGGUAGUUCGUGGGGUUGCUGAUCGGUCUCGGGAUGAGAUAGCUGCUCUUCAGACCCUUGUUGAUGCCCACCAUCGGGAGCACAAGGCUCUCUGCGAGAUGCUUGAGCGCAAGGGCGUUCUUCAUCGGAAGAAGCAGCGUACUGGUGGUACGGCUUAA